GAAAGCGAGUUCUCUUGCUCUUGGGACAUCCUCGUUUCCUUUAAAGCUUUCCGGUCGUAACCUCUUUGUCCGGCAUACAUCUUUGUGCAAGAGGAAGGCGUUCACAUGAAAGUGUCUCUUGGUAACGGUGAAAUGGGCGUCUCCGCCCAUUUACAGCCUUGCAAGGCAGGAACCACACGUUUUUUCACCAGCAAUACUCACAGUUCGGUGGUAUUGCAAGGUUUUGAUCAACUUAGAAUAGAAGGAUUGCUUUGUGAUGUGACUCUGGUGCCAGGUGAUGGAGAUGAAAUCUUCCCUGUUCAUAGAGCUAUGAUGGCGUCCGCUAGUGAUUACUUCAAGGCUAUGUUCACAGGUGGAAUGAAAGAACAGGAUUUAAUGUGCAUUAAGCUUCACGGAGUGAACAAAGUUGGUCUGAAGAAAAUUAUUGAUUUUAUUUAUACUGCAAAGCUUUCUCUUAAUAUGGACAAUCUUCAGGACACUCUUGAAGCUGCCAGCUUUUUGCAAAUCUUGCCUGUUUUAGACUUCUGUAAAGUGUUUCUUAUUUCAGGAGUCUCUUUAGAUAACUGUGUUGAAGUUGGACGAAUUGCUAACACCUACAAUCUUAUAGAAGUAGAUAAAUAUGUCAAUAAUUUCAUUCUGAAGAAUUUUCCUGCCUUACUGAGUACUGGAGAGUUUCUAAAACUCCCUUUUGAACGGCUUGCCUUUGUGCUUUCUAGCAAUAGCCUUAAGCACUGUACUGAACUUGAGCUCUUUAAGGCUGCCUGUCGCUGGCUAAGGUUGGAAGAUCCUCGGAUGGAUUAUGCUGCAAAAUUAAUGAAGAAUAUUCGAUUUCCACUGAUGACACCACAGGAUCUCAUCAAUUAUGUGCAGACAGUAGAUUUUAUGAGAACAGACAAUACGUGUGUGAAUUUGCUUUUGGAAGCUAGCAAUUACCAAAUGAUGCCAUAUAUGCAGCCAGUGAUGCAGUCAGAUAGAACCGCCAUUCGAUCUGAUUCGACACACUUGGUUACAUUAGGAGGAGUUUUGAGGCAGCAGCUGGUUGUCAGUAAAGAAUUACGGAUGUAUGAUGAGAGGGCUCAAGAGUGGAGAUCUUUAGCCCCCAUGGAUGCUCCUCGUUAUCAGCAUGGCAUUGCUGUCAUUGGAAACUUUCUUUAUGUAGUUGGUGGUCAAAGUAAUUAUGAUACAAAAGGAAAAACUGCUGUUGAUACAGUUUUCAGAUUUGAUCCUCGAUAUAAUAAAUGGAUGCAGGUUGCAUCAUUAAAUGAAAAGCGCACAUUUUUCCACUUGAGCGCCCUCAAAGGACAUUUGUAUGCUGUUGGUGGGCGAAGUGCAGCUGGUGAGCUGGCCACUGUAGAAUGUUACAAUCCAAGAAUGAAUGAGUGGAGCUAUGUUGCGAAAAUGAGUGAACCCCACUAUGGCCAUGCUGGAACAGUGUAUGGAGGCUUAAUGUAUAUUUCAGGAGGAAUUACUCAUGACACUUUCCAAAAUGAGCUCAUGUGUUUUGACCCUGAUACAGACAAAUGGACACAGAAGGCUCCAAUGACAACAGUCAGAGGUCUGCAUUGCAUGUGUACAGUUGGAGACAAGCUCUAUGUCAUUGGUGGCAAUCACUUCAGAGGAACAAGUGAUUAUGAUGAUGUUCUAAGCUGUGAAUACUAUUCGCCAACUCUUGACCAGUGGACACCAAUUGCUGCCAUGUUAAGAGGUCAAAGUGAUGUUGGAGUUGCUGUCUUUGAAAAUAAAAUCUAUGUCGUAGGUGGAUAUUCUUGGAAUAAUCGUUGUAUGGUAGAAAUUGUCCAGAAAUAUGACCCAGAAAAGGAUGAGUGGCAUAAAGUUUUUGACCUUCCAGAGUCACUUGGUGGCAUUCGAGCUUGUACUCUCACAGUUUUUCCACCUGAAGAAAAUCCUGGGUCACCUUCCAGAGAAUCACCUCUUUCAGCACCUUCAGAUCAUUCUUAGGACCAAGGUGUAAAACCUUUGCAGUGCAUCAAGGAUGAUCCCAUAAUUCCCCUUCAGUUGUAUCUUCUUACAAUGAUUGGUACAGUUAUUAGAUUAAAAAGGUAAUGUUAUUUGUAUUGUUUGGCUUAGUAUGUUUAUCAAAUGGUUAACAACUGUAUUCUGCAAAUGUAU